AUGGGAAAAAGCAAGAAAAAGGCCAAGGUCCAGCCGGUGAAGCCCAUCGAACUUUCCGAGGGCGAACUCAGCGACGAUUCGUGCGAAAUCGUCGAGCCCGCCGAGCCCACGAUCGACCCCGAGAUUCUGGUGUGUGAGCAGUACGACAACUUUGUCGUCGACCGAGUGGAGACGCAGGAGCAUGAAACGGCCUAUGAGGCUGAGAAACACGACUCGAAAGACUGGAGUUCGGACAUCUACUCGAAGCUGCUCAGCCAUGCCUCGGUCGACACGCCGCCGUCUGCCAAGCAGAACAAGACACCGAAGGCCAGCUGCUGGAAUUGCGACGGCCCGCACAACAUGAACGCGUGCCCCGAGCGGCGCAACCAGCGAAAGAUCAACGAGGCGCGUCGCCAGUUUCAAGACAGUCGCCGCAGUCAGGAGAGCUUGGGUCGCUACCAUGCCGAUGAGAAAGAGGGCGAAAGUGGCGGGCCGUCGAAGUUCCGUGUCGGCCGUAUCGGCAACGAAUUGCGGCGGGCGCUUGGCAUUGGAGAAAACGAUCUGCCCGAAUACAUCUAUCGCAUGCGGCGCAUGGGCUUCAUCCGUGGCUACCCGCCCGCCUACCUGAAGCAGGCGCUCACGCGGCAAAGCUCCGGAGAUGAUACCCUGCACUUCCACACUGACGAGCCCUCGCUGACCGUGUUCAACAAAAAGAUUGUCCCGCGCCCGAAUAGCAUCGACGACAAGAAGCUCUUCUACUACGCCGGCUUCAACAUGCAUUUUCCGCGCUUGAACGACCACGAGGCACACGUCUUCACGAUUCCGCCCUGGGAGACAUGGGUGGAGAUGCACACGCAGGCGCAAAUCAAAGUCUUCGAGGAGGAAGAGGCAAGGCGGGCUAAGGAAGAGGCGCAGGCCAGCAGGAAGCGCAAGGCUACGCCCGAUGCUACCCCAACGGCGCCCGAGAAGAGCCGAAAGCUCGACGGUGAUGAUUCCUUGAUCUUCGUCGAUCGCGAGCCGACCACGGGAACGCCUAUGGAGCAAGGAGGCCAAGCGACUGGCUCCACAGAAGACACAUCUGUUACCCCGAAAGCAACAAGGAUAAGGGGCCGCUCGUCUGGCGUCUCGAUCGGCACCCCGGUGGCUCGGCUGACCUGUUCGCAGACUGGCGCCGACGCGGAGAAGGAGGUACCCGAUCUGCAGUGCUUUACGAAGGGCAUCGUCGAGUUUUCGAUGGAAGAGGAUCAGCCGUCGGAGAAGAAGGGCUUCUUCAAACGAAUGUUCGCCCAGAUCAAGGAGAAGUACACCACGCAGCCCGAA